UUCACCUUGAGCAGCUCAAUUUUAUCAGUGCCGCCUACAAAACUGGCAUAUCUGAAUUCUGGAACAGUCCACACGCUCAAAGAUGUCGCUGUUUGGUUUGAUUAUCUCUGGACGCCUGCCGCAAUCGGAUUUUGUGGCCGUGGACACCACCAAGCUGCUGGUCAAUGUGCCCGACAUCGAGUCCGUCAACUACCUGGUAGUAUUCCUCACCGGCGUAUCACCACUGCCCAUCGGAACCUCCGCUGCGAUAUACUUCAGCUGGCCGGACGCGAACGCGGCGCCCACAUGGCAGUAUCUGGGACACAUAAACAACAACAAGCCCUCCGCCAUCUUCAAGAUCGCCCAGCUAAAGAAAAGUCACGAGCUGGAGGCUCAUGCCCACGGAAUGGUCUUUGGCAGCCAGGAGAUCUCGCACAUCGCCCAAAUCGGAGUGUCCCUCGAACCGGAGCUAACGGUAGCUCAGCAGACGCCAGCGGUGUCCACUGCCAACGACAACAAGCAAUUUGGUCAGCGAAUGCUGGAGAACUUCUUCAACUACGCCUCCAGUUUCGGAGUUUCAGCCAGAGACAUCUCGCCUGCCUCGAACGAGACUUUCGUACCUUUCUCCGUUGUCCAGAAUUGGUAUACGAAUUUCCAGCGACGUAUGGAACAGAACCCAAACUUUUGGAAGUACUAGGGACACCUGGACGAUGGGGGAGUUGUGACCUCCGCAAGUUGUUGAUAUUACAAGUAAAGUUUUAUAUUCAUA